AGAUUUUCGACCGCCCAAGGAGGAGUAGGUGUACAGUGUACUGUGUGUGACGGGGAAAAGACAGAUUUUGUAUUGUAUCGGCAAUGAGAGCGAUUGCUUACGCGACUCAAUACAGCCUCGCCCCCUCUUCGUUUCCUUAUUUCCAUCUCUAUUCUAAUGAACAAGCAGCGUCAGAAGGUUCAAAAGCGCAAACGAAUCGUCAAAAUCACAUACCCAACCACAGCCGUUGAAAAAUCCAGCCCAUCCGCAACGAGUGUCAAACCAAAAGCAGAAUCCCAUCCACAUUGUCAAGAACAUGAUGGGGCACAGCCCGUUACUUCGAUUUGUUCAAUUUCAUUAGGAAGGUAUUCAAUUUUGAAUCCUGAUUUCUACCAGGUCGAUGCCCUUGAUCUUGGCCCACGCUUGCUAGGAAAGCAUCUCAAGAAAGAUGAUGUUGUUCUCCAGAUAACUGAGGUUGAAGCUUAUAGGCAAAAUGACUCAGCUUGCCACGCUCGAUUUGGCAUAACUGCAAGGACAGCUCCUGUUUUUGGAGCUGGAGGGCAUGCAUAUGUUUAUCUUUGCUAUGGUCUUCACAACAUGCUGAAUGUGGUUGCAGAUAAGGAAGGGGUAGGUGCUGCUGUCCUAAUACGUGCCUGUGCACCCCUUAGUGGAUUGGAAACCAUACAGCGGCGGCGUGGUUCAAUGUCGGAUAAGCCUGUUCUUCUGUCGGGCCCAGGAAAGGUUGGCCAAGCUUUGGGACUUACAACAGAGUGGUCUAAUCAUCCGCUUUUCAUUCCUGGUGGUUUGGAACUUUUAGAUGGAGAAGAGCCGGAAGAUAUACUUGUAGGUCCAAGAGUUGGCAUAGCUUAUGCCUUGCCGGAGCAUGUUAAUGCUCCAUGGAGAUUUGCUGUAGCGGGUACGCCUUGGAUAAGCGCGCCUAGAAAUACUCUCAGACCUCUCAUCAGGAAAACAACGCACCAAGAGAGAGGAGGAGGAGGGGGGGGGGAGGGGAAGUCCACAUGGGCGGUGGAUUGCUCCUGAGAAACAAACAUGAAAAAAAGAGAGAAAAGGAUGAUCUAAAUAUUGUACUCCUAUAUAAAUAAAUGUAAUGUUGCCCCGACUUCUCCUAUGCUGAUGAGUCGCAUGCACCAUCCACUCCCUCCCCACCCCCAUAUCCAUACUUGGCAGUUCCAGCAUUGUGUAGCGCUGUUCCCACUGUUGCUAAUUCUACUCCUGUUUCCAGUGUGCAUUCUAAAUAGAGAAGCAUGAUGGGUUGCUUGCUUUU